AUGAAAUCUUCUUAUGCUUCUCUUAAAGAUCUACUACCUUUGAUGUAAAAUAAACAUUCAAAAAUAAAAAUAAAACUUUAAGCGAGUUAAAAUUAUGAAGAAUCUUGUACAUGCAAUUAAAUGAGUUGUUUAAUAUGCUCUCGAAAAAGAUCAUCAUCAAUGAUUUCUUUAAAACCAUUAAAACACUCAGUAUUAAUGGAGCAAGGAAAAAUAGAAAAAUAAGGUAUAGCUUAACUUUAAAGUCUGAUAUCCAGAAAAUUAUCAAAAUAAGCAUCAAAUUAAUUGUUGUAGUAAACAUAUUAUGGUGGGAAACAAAAUUAUGAGUUAAAAGAUUCAUCUACUAACUCAUCUACAUGGUUAUUGUCGAAAUCUCAUUCUAGAAAAAUAUCAUUAGAUAAUUAUUCUUAAAAAGAAGCUAUUUAACUUAAAACAUCAUAAUAAUAAAUAAGUACUAUAAGUAGGUUGGCAUUUCGAUUUAUUUAUGUGAUUGGAAAGGGAGGCUUUGGUAAGGUGUGGAGAGUUGAAAUGAAAUAAACAAAAAAAGAGUUUGCAUUAAAAGAAAUGAUUAAGGCAAAGUAUAUUUACUAAUAUCUUAGAAUUAUUUCUAAAAGAUCAGUCAAUUCAGUGAUGAAUGAAAAGUUUUUAUUGGAACAUCUUCGUCAUCCAUUUAUUGUUAAUAUGCAUUUUGCAUUUUAAGAUAAAGAAAAUCUAUAUCUCGUGUUGGAUUUAUUAAGAGGUGGAGAUUUAAGAUUUCAUAUUGGUAAAUUGAAAAGAUUUACUGAAGAUCAAGCAAGUAUCAAAUUAAUAUAAUAAGAAUUUUUCGCUUGUUGUAUGCUACUUGCAUUGCAGUAUUUGCAUUCGAAUGGUAUCAUUCAUCGAGAUCUCAAACCAGAAAAUUUAGUUUUCGAUAAAGAUGGUUUUUUACAUUUAACAGAUUUGGGAGUAGCUAGAUUAGAUAAAGAUAGUAUUGCAAAUGAUACAUCUGGAACACCAGGGUAUAUGGCACCAGAGGUUAUGUGCAGAAUGGAGCAUUCCUAUCCUGUUGAUUAUUAUGCAUUAGGAGUUAUUCUAUAUGAAAUUUUAAUUGGUAAAAGGCCCUAUAAUGGAAAAAAUAGAUAAGAAAUAAGAGAACAAAUACUAGCCAAAUAAGUAUCAAUAAAAGAAGGAACUUCUAAUAUUAGUAGCAAAGCUAUUGAUUUUAUUAAUAGGGUAUCAUAUUAUAAAAUUUAGUUACUUAUUCGUAAACCAUAAUAAAGAUUAGGUUUUGGUGGAAUUGAAGAAAUAAUCCAUCAUUCUUGGUUGAAAGGAGUUUAAUGGGCUAAAUUGCUAAAUAAAGAAAUGAAAUCUUUAUACAUACCAGGAGUAACAUAUAUUUCUUAAUAAAAAGAGUAUUGAUGGUAAUAGUGAUUUUUAAAAUCAGAUAUCAGCAGAUAGUGAAAUAGAAGAAGAUUGUCAAAGUUUAUUAAGAAGAAAAAGUGUUUAAAGUUUAUUCGAUGGGUAUAAGUUUUAAUGA